GAAGUGCUUCAGGUAUCACCACUUUCAAAGCACCGGGAUGGUCCACUACUUCGCACAUGUUCCUCAUGAUCUCAUACUGCAGUUAGCAGACCCUAUCCAGAAAUCUCUAUCGAGCACACAGUAUAAUCCCCCAGAAGGCACGAAUGUCUCCGUUAAAUCCAUUCUUGAAUCUCUACUACCUGACAAGAAUUUGUCAUUGGUUCCUGAAACUUCAGAAGAAGAGAUUCAGAGAGAAAUUAGGGAUUUCUGUUUAUGCUGUGCGGCAUUAGCUUCAGCCAAGAUUGAAACAGGGGACUUAAUGUCAUGGAUUCCCAGAGAUCUUUCAGCUGCAGGGGAGGCAGUGGUGGGAGAGCUCUCAAGGGCUUUAUUCUCCGGUAUGGAUGGGAAAAAGUUCGGAAGGGUGGAAGAGCUCGGAGUGGAUUUGGCUUUGGUUCCAGAAGAACGGAAAUUGGUGGUGGAGCUGAUGCCUCAAGUGUUACCUUUGCUCAAGAGUACCAUCAAGGAAAGUUCUAUUGAUGCGACAGACGACUGUGACGAGAUUUCAGCUGCUUCUGCGAGGACUCCGGUUGCAUAUGCGAUUGUGGCUGCUCAUCAGUUUAGAUGGUUCCUUACACAGGUUGAUUACCCUCAUUUGGGGAAGUUAUGCUCUUUGGUGAUUCCUUGCGCGUUGACCACCCUUGAUCAUUGGUCCCCCGAAGUGAAAGCGCAGGGUAUGAUCAGCUUUAUACAUCUUGCAAAGAAUGUAAAUUCUGCUGAGCUUGGUUGGUAUGAAGAUGUGAUCCUUGAUAUAUGCUGUCGGAAUAUUGCAUCUAGUGAUGAGCUAUGGCGCUAUGUGGUUGAGAUGUCUGUACUUCUAGUAACUUGUAUCCUGCAAAGAAAUCCUCGUAGCUCAUGGUUUGAAAGGAUGCUUACUGAGAUGUUAAGUCACUUGGAGCGGCAACCAAGGAAUAAAGAACGCCGCAUUGCAUGGCUUGAACUCAUUGAGCCAGUUCUUAAUGGAAUGGGGCUUGUCUUAUUAGCUCAUUUCAGACGUAUUUUUCCACUUCUCUUUCAGUGGAUGCAUGCUGAUGAUGAUGAAACUGUUAUACUGGUUCUUCAGCGGGUCUAUACAAUUAUGAAGUUGACAUGGAUCAGGAACACACCAUAUGUUGAAAGAUUGGUUGAUGAGCUUACCAUCACAUACAAGAACGCUGCAAUGAGAAGGGGCCGUGAAGUUAUCCGGACACAUGUUCUUCAGAUAUUGAUCUUGCUUCAGCAAUGCAAGGGCCUGCAGUUUGAAGCCAUUUGGGACAAACACAGGGAUGACCCAAACUUGAGCACUCUUGUACCAGCCCUUGAAAGAAAAGAUUCUGCUACGGUUGUUCGAUGAUAGAAUCCCAUCGGAGGAUGUCAAUUUCUCUGUACAAGCAUGUGAAUUCAGUGAUACUCGAGGAAUGAAAGCUGGAGAAACACAGUAAUAUCACGCAUUGGUUUACAACCAGAAAGUGAGCUGAAACGCAUGAAAAUUUUACACGUCUCAUAGUUGCAGUACAGUGGGUCAACUGUUCAGCCCACAAUGUCUUAAAUAUGCUUCAAUUGAUUGUUGUUCUGUGCGACUUCUUGCCCCCUUCUCAGGUAUAGAAGCAUUAAAUUCUUGAACUUCAGUCCAAUUGUCAUUGCAUUGA